AUGCCGUGGUGGCAGCGGGCCCCGGCGGCGCGGCGGCGCUGGGCGCUGCUGCUGGGGCCGCUGGCGCUGCUCGCCGCCGCCCUGGCGCUGCGCGGCACCGCCCGCCCCGGCCCCGCCGAGCGCCCGCAGCUCUACCGGGCGCUGGAGCUCUCGCCCAGCCGCAGCAUCAACUGCUCGGGGGUCGUCCGCGGGGACCAGACGGCCAUCCGGGAGGCGCAGCUCAGCAACCUGGAAGUGGCGAACAGAAGGGCUUCACCGACGCCCGGCGAGUACCUGAACAUUGCGAGGGACUGCAGAGCCUUCAAGGAGACCCGGCGCUACAUCGAGUUCCCGCUCAGCCAGGAGGAGGAGGAGUUCCCCAUCGCCUACUCCAUGAUCAUCCACCACAAAAUCGACAUGUUUGAGCGGCUCCUGCGGUCCGUCUACGCCCCCCAGAACGUUUACUGCGUCCAUGUAGACAGCAAAUCCCCGGCCGCCUUCCAGGAGGCCGUGAGGGCCAUUGCUGCCUGCUUCCCCAAUGUCUUCGUGGCCAGCCGCCUGGAAAGCGUGGUCUAUGCCUCCUGGUCCCGGGUGCAGGCCGACCUCAACUGCAUGCAGGACCUCCUGCAGAGCCCUGUGCCAUGGCGCUACCUCAUCAACACCUGCGGCACCGACUUCCCCAUCAAGACCAACGCCGAGAUAGUCCGGGCGCUGCAGCUGCUGCAGGGCCACAACGCCAUGGAGUCCGAGAGGCCCUCGGCCGCCAAGAAGCAGCGCUGGGAGUAUCACCACGAGGUGGGGGAGACCAUCUCUCGCACUUCCCAGAAGAAACUGCCCCCACCCCACAGCUACCCCAUGUUCACGGGCAGCGCCUACACCGCCGUCACACGGGACUUCGUGCGGUACAUCUUCGAGAACCCCACCGCACGAAAGUUCCUCGAGUGGUCCGAGGACAGCUACAGCCCUGACGAGCACGUGUGGGCCACCCUGAACCGCAUGCCGGGCGUGCCGGGGAGUAUGCCCCUCAGCGAUAAGUUCCAGCUCUCGGACAUGAACGCCCUUCCCCGCCUGGUCAAGUGGGAGUACCUGGAGGGGGACAUGAGCAAGGGCGCGCCCUACCCUCCCUGCACCGGCCGCCACCAGCGCUCCAUCUGCAUCUACGGGGUGGGCGACGUGCCCUGGAUGCUGCAGCAACACCAUCUCCUGGCCAACAAGUUCGACCCCGAGGUGGACGAUGCGGCCAUCCAGUGUCUCGAGGAGUACCUGCGCCACAAGGCCCUGUACGGCCGGGGGCUCUGAGGGGGAGCCGCGGAGACUCUGGCCAGCGACUGCUGCCUUCCGUGGGCGACUCAGCCGACGGCGCCUCGGGGACGGCGGGAGAGGAUCCCCCGGGCCCUGAGGGGCCCACGCCUCGGCGCGGCUCCGAGGAGAAGCCCCGCCGAGGGUCGGACGAACGAACGGACAGAGGG